AUGGCGUCAGGGUUUGAUGAAUUUGAAGCCCAUCCCAGUCUUACCAGUGAUGAUCUCAAGUCAACAACAGCCCUUGAAAGGAAUUUCUCCUGCCUUGUCGAUCUUGGCAUGGCUUGGUGGCAAGGGAUUGCCACAGUUGCUGCUGCCAAUGUUAUCCUGUUGGUCCCAUUAAUCCUGACAGGUCAUCCCAGCACCCGUUAUGGUAUUUCCUUUACAGUUCUUGCAAGAUCCUCUUUUGGAAUCCGUGGCGCCCAUAUCCCUACUCUUCUAAGAGCCUUGGUUGGUUGUGGCUGGUAUUAUGGGAUUGAGACUUGGAUUGGCGGCGAGGCAAUCUUUCUUCUUUUGCCAAAAGUCAUCAAAGAAUCAACCUUUUCACAGAUUUUGCCUUGGCUGGGAGCUUCCCCUAUUGGAUUUGCUUGUUUCAUUGCUUUUUGGCUGGCCCAAUUGACCAUUGUUUGGAAAGGAAUGGAUGGAAUCAGAGAGCUUGAGCAGUACUCUGCUCCAAUCCUCAUUCUGCUCACUUCCUGCCUCCUCACUUGGGCUUAUGUCAAAGCUGGUGGCUUUGGUUACAUGCUCUCAGGCGCUUUGUUUACCCACGUCACUUGCCAGCUCAACUGA